GCAGCGUGGCGGGGGCUCGCGCGCGCGCUCCUCGCGGAAAAUCUAGUCCUAAAAUGCGCCAGGAGCGACGGAGCUGCAUACGUAAGUGCUCGCUGCUCGGCAGGCCUGCUCGCGCCGCUUCGUCCUGCUGAUCCGACUUUUUGCGCUAUCGCCUCACGGCUUUGGCGUAAUUAAUCAGCCGUGCUUUUCGAGUUUGAGGAAAGUGGUCGCACGUGUCGCCGUAGCAGAAGCUCAGCGAGGUGCAAUAAACGCAACACACGCCGGCGAUAAGGAUGGAGCCGCAGGAUUACGUGGCCCAACUCUUCGAGGAAAUUUUUUUGAAAAUUGAGGAAAGUCCUCUGCGAGCUACAGCUUCGUAAACAACGGCCAGCAAGAGGUGCACAACGGCCAGCAAGAGGUGCACAACGCUCGCGCGGAUCUACGCUGGAUAUACCUCAUACAUACUGACGUCCCGACGAUGAUGCGCCGUCGCUCAUCAGCCGCAGCAGCGCGAGCAGCAGAAGGUGACAUUGCCGGAGGCCAGUGCGCGAUGAUAAAAAAAAUAUAGUAUAACAAACCUAAAGAGGGAUAGCGUCGAAUUUGGCGGAUGCGGCGCGGCGAGCCGAAUGAAGAGCGAGAGAGCGGGGCAGAGAGCGAGGUUUAUCUUUUUUUCGCAGCGCACACUCCUCAGGCCUCGGCCGCUGCUAUUGCUGCUGCGGAUGGAGCUGGAGGGGGAGAAGAGCGACGUAGUGUCGUCGGGCGGCUCGAGCAUGCCCUCGUGAAAUUUCGACGAGCAGAUGAUGCGUUAUAGCUGAGCGAUGGGGAGCUGCUGACGCCUUUGGAGCCCUGCGCCUGGCACCGCGUAAAGCUUGAAAACAACAAUCCCAGAUGACGAUGAUCAAAUGGCGAAAAUGCCGUUUGAAGCAGGGAGUUUGAAGGGGAGCCUACGACUGAAAAGAUGGCUAAUAGGACUACUUAUCUUUUUAUUGGCAUCUUUGUUGGCGAUCAACAGCUUUACAAUCGGUCAAUUUCGAAUAAUCCCGCUCGGGAGUUCUAAUCAAGUAAACGACAUCGAAGCUAAACCCCAAGAGUCGACGACGACGACGACGACGACGACGACGGGACCGCCGCAGCAGAGCGGCUACGUCGUGAACACGAGGGGCUGUCGUAUUCCGGACCUGAGUCCGUUCGAGCCGUCGGUGUCGCGCUACAUCGACAAGGCCAAGCCCAUAGUCUGCGAGCAGGGCUCGCACCUGCCCCUCGUCGAGUCCAACAACAGCGCGAUCUUCGUCAACCCGGAGGCCAGGCCCCACUACUACAACGAGACCGAGAGUAUCGACUGCUGCUGGCGCAGCUUCUGGCGCACCGACAACAAGGACAAUGAAGUCACUGUCAGCAGAGACUGCCACCCCUUCCAAGAGGCCGUCUUCGUCAACGACGAGUUCGUCCGCGUCGAGUGUCAGCGUCGCAACGAGACGGUCUACCGGGACUACUUUGCCUUCGUUCCCCGCAAGCUGCAGGUCGAGGAGCGCUGCCGCCUGCAGGCCCGCGAGCUCCUCUCGAACUACGUCGUGCCGCCGACCCCCCCGGCAUCCGGCCACGACAAGCUCAGCGUGCUGGUGGUCGGCAUCGACUCGGUCUCCCGGCUCAACUUCCACCGCUCGAUGCCCCGGAGCUUGGAGCUGCUCAGGCAGCUGGGGGCGGUCGAGAUGCUCGGCUACAACAAGGUCGCCGACAACACCUACCCGAACCUCGUGCCGGUGCUCAGCGGCCUCUCGCAGGAGGAGUUCGAGCAGCUCUGCUGGACCAACCACAAGAAGCCCUUCGACAGGUGCCCCCUCAUAUGGAAGUACUUCCAGGCGAAGGGCUACAGGACGAUCUUCGGGGAGGACGCCUGCGCCAUGACGACUUUCAAUUACCUCAAGCCGGGAUUCAGGCUGCAGCCGACGGACUACUACCUCCGGCCCUUCUGCGUCGCGGCGGAGACCGAGAUCGGCAACACGCACAAGCUCAACGCAGACCUCUGCCUGGGCACGCGCUACAACUUCGACAGCCUGCUGCACUACACGCGCAAGGUCGCUGAGGAGUUCGCGGCCGAUCCGUACUUCGGCUUCUUCUGGCAGGCCAGCCUGACCCACGACUACAUCGAGUACCCGCAGCUCGGAGACGACUCCUACCACGACUUCUUCGCGUACCUCGACAAGAACGACCUGCUGCGCGACACGGCCUUGAUCUUCAUGAGCGACCACGGGAUGCGGUGGGGCUCCUUCAGGCAGACCUACCAGGGCAGGCUCGAGGACAGUCUUCCCUUUCUUUUUAUACUCCUGCCGGACUGGUGGAAGCAGGACCAUCCCGCCGCCUGGGACAAUCUGCAGAGGAACGCGAGGAGUCUGACCACGCCGUUCGACCUGCACGAGACUCUCAGGGACAUUCUGGAGCCCAAGCGGCUUCUGCAGAAGGCGCCUCGAGACCCGAGCCAAAGCGUGCUCCCCUCGGUGGAGCCGGACGCGAUUCCCAGAGGCAUCAGCAUGUUCAAGCCGAUCCCGGACUACCGCAGCUGCGAGCUGGCCGGCAUCCCCGAGCACUGGUGCAUGUGCCACAGUCGACGCAACGUCUCGCACGACGACCCGGUCGUCCUCAAAGUCGUGGACUUUGUCGUCAGAGAGAUCAAUGACAUGCUGGCCAAGUAUCCGCAGUGCGCGAGACUCGCGCCACUGUCGCUGCUCGACGCGAAAGCUCUCGGCGACCGCAGCUCCGAGUCCGACGACAAGGCCAAGAAGAAGGACGAGGACAAACAGCCGGCGGCGCCCUGGACGGACUACACCGUCACGCUCGAGACGACGCCCGGCAACGCCGUCUUCGAGGGCUCGACCAGGUACCGCAGCGACAACGGCACCAUGACUCUCGUGGGCUCGAUCAGCAGGUUGAACGCCUACGGCAAGCAGAGCGCCUGCGUCGACGACUUUCACAUGAGACUCUACUGUUACUGCCAGCACUGAGCCAAAGCGAGACUUCGCUAUAAGGGUGGCGGACUGCUGAAUUUCCAAUUGUCUUUCGAAAUGCGCUUUUUCUUAUUCUCUUGUUCAAGAUCGCCGUAGGUUUAGGGCUUCUCACAGCGAGCGUCGUAUUGCCAAGCGUGUGUCAUGCUGUGACGCCGACAAAGGAUUUUUAAUGAACCAGGGCCUAAUUGACUCUUAAGGUGACGAAUGUUCAAACGCCUACUUUAUUCACAGGCAUUUAACUAUACAUCUCAGAAAUAGAACUGGCUGAUGUUGUUUAGGUUUUAAUAACUAUACUACGUACUGUUUUCGUGCCAUCUCGUUGUUUUCCGCAACUCGAGGAAAUUUUACUGCUACAAGGACAUAUGUCGUGUAUCUUAUUGCGUUGAAGAUGCUAUUUGUGAUAUUUUAUAGUAAUGUAAAUAAAUGUUAUGAUGAUGCAUACUGUUACGAAGGUUCAAUAUUUUUUCAUCGUGCUCGCGACAAAUAAUGGCCUAUGAAUUCUUGCAUUGUACGAACUGUAAAUGACCUAUCGUGCAUUCUAACUGGGUGAACUGAACGAGUCUAGCGUAUCUUGAUUGUAAGCACGUCGCACAAUAAUUUCACUUUGCAUACCUCACGGUGUGCAACGGAAAAUUAAACGUACAAGGAAGAGUAAUCGUUUCUUAUCAAGUCAACAACUAUGUACAAAGUACUAUUUUUAAAUUUAUUUGACAGAGCAUAUUUUCGUGUUCCAAGGAGUUUGUUAAAUGUGUCAAUUUAAUAAAAAAAAACUUCCGAAUACUAUAAAAUGUUGUUUUAUUUCCUUGUCGUCGUUCGUUUUUUCUUACGUAUACCAAUUUUGGUAAAUGUUCACAUGCGCAAUUUAAGUAGUGAAUUAAAUCUAGCUUUGCAAGACAGUGAUUUAUGCAAUAAUUAAAUUUCGAAUCAUAUUACAAUUUAUUAUUCAUUUGCUAGAUUAUGCAUGAUUUUCUUCGACACAUCACCUGAUAAAAAGUGUUGGAUCUUAAUUUACAAAGGUAAAAAUGCAAAAAACACUCUUUUAUAAAGCAUUCGCACAGCAUACACGCUUUUAUCCACUUUACAAUAACUUAAAUACUUGAAUUGAAUUCAUUUAAACCAGCUGCGGCAGUUUACACAAUUGAUUGUAAAUUUUUGUUUUCGCAGUCUUCAUUUGACUCUCUAGUUCUAAGU